AUGGAACCAAAUUAUUUUGGACAACCAAAUUAUGAAAGAAAACCAGACAAAAAGAGGGACAUUUCAUCUUUCCAAACGUGGACAGACAAGGACGCACCUGUCCCUCUUCGGACACCAUAUGCCGGACAUUUUCGAAAGCAGAACUUUCAUUGCACCGACGUGAACAGACGACAAGGACUCAUCUGUCCCUCUUCUGACACCAUAUGCCGGACACAUUCGAAAGCAGAACAGUUCUAUGCGCACUCUCUCUUACAUUCUCACAACCUCUCUAUCAUUGUCUUUUACUCCCUCUUCUUACAUAAGCACUCCCGUUCAAAUUCUUCCACUCUCUCUCACAGUCUUAUACUCUCGCACUUAGACACGACACUCUCUCUUACAUUCUCUCAACCACUCACUCACUUUCUUUUACUGUCACUUUCACUUAUAUACGCACACUCGCUCACAUUCUCUUGCAUUUUCUUUCUCUCACACACAGACACUGUCUCUUUCAGGUACACACUCUUUCUCUUUUACACUUCUUCUCACACGCUUUCUCUCAUCUCUCUCUCUCUCUCUCACUCUCUCACACACAUAAGCACUUUUUCAUACAUUCUUUUUCAUGCACAUACUCUUUUUCACUAUCUCGCAUUCUCUUUUUCUUUUUAUACACAUUCACUCACUCUCUCUCUCGCAUCCUCUAUUUUCCUCUUUCUCACACACGCACGCAUUAACUCUCAACCUCUCACACACUCCCUCUUUCUAUUCACACCCUCACUCUCCCUAUUUCUCUUAACUAAAUAUGUCAUUCUUUUCAAUUUCUGUUUAAUUUUCCCUAUUUUUUAG